GCGCGAAGCACGAGGGAGAGGGGGAUGUGCGCAUGCGCCGUGUCUUUUUCGCAAGUGGCGGAUUGUGAUGGAUACUAGAAGGCUUGCCCUGGAUUUCGUCUGCACCGAAAGUCGGCUGAUCGUCCCAGUCCAAUCCGUCACUCUUUGUUUACGAAUGGCGCAUGGCUAGCGCGGUGAACUGUUCAUCGUACUGUUGUACUUCAGUGCUUAAGCUAGCCCAUAACUGCUGCACGUGCACCGUUCGCAGCGGGUUGUUUGUCAUCUGCGUAACUCUGUGCUUAGAACCUUUUUGUUGCGCGCUUUUUAAGCGUUGCCGUCUACGCGUAUUAUUGUCACCGCUGCUCCACGAUGGAUGCCAAAGCAGCUAUGAAGGCGGCGAGACUGAACAAGAGGCAGAAGGAGGUGAAAGAGAAAGAACGCUUAAUUGCUAAAGUGAGGUCACACCCGUGCAUAUGGGACCGCCGCAGUGGGGAGUACAGGAACCGGCUCCUGCUGGACGAGUCAUGGGAGACCAUCGCACGAGAGAUGAACACUACACAAAAGGAAUGCAAGAAAAUGUGGAAAAAUCUAACUGACCAGUUCCGCGCAAAUUAUCAGGAGCUGCUGUGUCAGAAGAAUGGCAGUGCUACGGGGGAGGCAGAAGCAGCUGCAGGAAAACCUGUAAAGUGGAAAUUUUUUAAGAGCCUCUUUUUCUUGAAGGAUGUACUUGGAAGGAAGGAAGACAGCAAUAUUGAAGAUGUUCCACAAUGCAGUAACUCUUCACUGCAGGAUGGACCAUCCAAUGGUGGCGAUGCCUGUCUGGCGAAGGACGUACCACAGGACAGCCCCAGCUGUAAUGCUACACCAUCGCCCCCUCUCUCCCCUGUCAAAAACCAUCAAUGGAAGAAGAAGAGGCAGGAUGAUAGUGGGGCUAUUCUGGAAGACCUCAGUGCUGUGUCUUGCUCACUUGUCCAACAAAAGGGCAGCCAUCAGCGAUUUGCAGAUUACUGCGCCUACCUGAUGGAAUAUGUCCCGAGUCACCUUGUCCGCAGGUGUGAACAGGAAGUCAUAAGGGUCAUCAACACAUUUGCGGACGGUGGAUGCGUAUAUGCUCAAGAGUUGGUGUAAACGAACCUUCUGGACAAAUGUGGUGCAUUUUUGUCAGUGUUUUCUUUCACUGUGCUCACAACAACAAGUUUAUUUUAUGAUGAUGAUUGGGGAGUUCCAUUGCCAAGGGUGAUACUCUACCCCAUUGCUGGUGGCAUUAUGGGAGAUCAAAUAAUGAGUCACUCCACACUGUCCAAAAAGGCACUCUGCAAAGAAAAUAUGUGUCGCGCUUCAUGCGGUGCACAAACAAAACUGACAGCAUCCAAACAGUGUUAUGAGCAUCGGACGUCUUCCACUGCCAGGACAUACAGCACUGAAGGAAAAGGUGAAUCUUUCCCUCAACAUAUAAGCACAUAGGGGUAUAUGUGCAGCAACCUCAUGUUCAUGUGACUCACCCACGCCUUUCUCCUGCCGUUCCUCCUGCAUACUCUUCCAAGGGAGUCAACGUGUCUGUAUAUCCUUGUGGGAAGUGCAUCCUCCUAUGGUUUUCACCCUCCUUUCAUGAACAAAAGUUGUGCGGUACCCUUUACCACUUCAUCAACAUUUCUUGGACUCAGCAUCAUUGGACUGUGGUAAAUCUAGUGGCUAGUCCAAUGGUCCAAUACCAAAUACAUUUUCUAUGCACCAGCUGCAAGAAACUUGAAAUAAAAUGCUGCACCGUAA